AUGGUUUCUGUUUCCUGGACUUUGACCAGUCAUAUUAAUAUUUGGCUUGCUACCAGCCUCAGUAUCGUUUAUUUUCUCAAGAUAGCCAUUUUCUCAAACUCUCUUUUUCUCUACCUAAAGUGGAGAUGUGAAAAGGUGAUUUACAUGGCAUUGCUGGUGUCCCUGGUUGCCUUGUUUGCAAACACCAUACUGACAUAUAUCCGAAUUGAUGUCCUGAUUGAAGGACCAAUGGGAAACACAUCUUAUAUGUCCAGUGAGAGGAUCUUUAUACAGUACUCAAAGUUGCUCUUAUUCCCCAACUUUAUGUUCUUAUUUGCACCCUUUGGUGUGUCCCUGAUAGCUUUCCUUCUGCUCUUCUUCUCCCUGUGGAAACAUCGCAACAAGAUUCAGCACAGUGGCCAAGGGGGCCGAGAUGCCAGGACCACCGCCCACGUCAAAGCCUUGCAGUCUGUCACCGUCUUCCUCCUACUUUACAUCUCCUUCUUUCUGUCUCUAGCGACGCAAGUUUGGACAUUUGAGAUGGAGGCGAGUCUGAUCAUUAUGUUUGGGAAGGCUACUCUAACGGUUUUUCCUUGUGGCCACUCCUGUGUCCUGAUUCUUGGAAAUAAUAAGCUGAGACAGGCCUUGUUCUCAGUGCUACAGGGACUAAGGCACAGGCUCGAGGAUGCAGAACCUUCUGGUUUGUAA